AUGGAAGGUCGGAUGGAACCUUGCGUCGGCACCGUCGUGACGUGGUUCGUCUCUACACGCCGCUGGACAGCCGGUGACGGGACGGAUCUCCACAUCGACAUCGCCUUGGCGCGCCCACCAACGCCGUCGGAGACCGCGGCUUACGGCGAAUUCGAGUCGCUCUCCACUACAACCCGAAGUCGUGGUCCCAUAGUGGAGUUCGGCCGUACCACAACGGCACAUGGCAGCCGUAUUUAGGGAUGGCACUGCCAGCCCCACGAGGGGAAGGGCCUAGAAAAGGUGGCCUAAACAUUGCUGGGUACCACGCCGUCUACAGGCUUGCCAGGGCCGCAGACGUCUUAUCAUGGUCGAAACAGUCAAAAUCGAAACAACAACAAUACCAAUAACAACAACAACAACCAUACUCAUUCUCCUCAUCCUACCUCUUCUUCCUCUUCCUCUGCCUGUUCUUCUGCCUAUUCUUCUCCAUCCCCUUCCCGUCGCCUCACUCGUUGUCACCAGACUGGCAGGGUUAGCCCGCUCACUCUGGCAGCCUGGAAUGUUCGUUCCCUUUUAGACAAUCCGAGGAGCAACCGACCGGAACGGAGGACGGCGCUAGUGGCACGAGAACUGGCGUGUUACAAGGUGGACAUCGCCGCACUCAGCGAGACCCGUUUCUCCGAACAAGGCCAACUGGAGGAGGUGGGUGCCGGCUACACCUUCUUCUGGAGCGGUCGAACCAUGGCAGAGCGACGGGACGCGGGUGUCGCCUUCGCCAUUCGGAACGACAUCGUGGGAUGA